ACUAAGCAAUGGUAACUAACUAUUUAACUAUUUCUUGUAUAUUAUAUAAUUUCAUUAAUUUUAACUGCGUUGCUAAAUUGAUUGUAAAUGAACCUGGCACCUAGCGUAACCGCUGCAGCAGUUAUCAUUUGGUAUGGACUUUCUGGAUUAGCGCAGUGUAGCCGGGAUUUCGAUGAUCAGCUAGUGGAAGAAUGCAUCCUGCCGCCAUAUAUUCGCAAUCAGUAUUACAGCCGGGAAAACGGUCUCAACACGUUGACCGUUGUGGCGGCUUCGUCUUUUGAGCGGAAAACAGUGGUGUCCAUUGCCAGUGCCAUUGUUGACACGUCGGCCAUGGAAGACACGACUACCAGCGAAGUCUGCAUGAAGAUGACCUGCAAUCGGCCCAGCAAAGCCACACGCAAAUGCCAGAUACUGGCGGAAAAUGGUCAAACCGUUUACGACAGCGACAUGUAUCGCCUUCUUAUAAAAGACACUACCAAAAAUUGCUUCCGGUGCCGUGAGCUGGCUAUCCGAACAAUUAACGUCCUGGAAUUUCGUCAGACGGAAUGCUAUUCCGCCGAUGUGGUCGAAUCCUUACCGCUGCUGUGCCGGACCUUACGCGAUCGGCUCAUUCGUUAUGCAGUGCCGUGGGUGACACUGUUCUCCGUCAAUCCCACACCGGUAUCCUGUCGGUCCAGCAUCGAAGGGGUGUGGAAAUUUCAGUAUCAUUUAGAACAGUUUUCUGGGCAUCACUGCAAACAUCCGAAGAACAACCUGACUUCCUGUCCCGAUCCCGGAAAUCGAUAUUCUACCGAAAAUAGAUUCUACAUUUCCUACGGUGCUUGUUCGGAACUGUCUUGGAGGAAGGAAGAUCCGGGAAUUGUACCCUUUCGUGAUUCUUCUAUGACUUUCACGUGUUUGGGUGACUGGUACGUCGGAAAGGACCAUUAUUUCGCUGCUGCCAAUUUGGGCGAAAACCGACCGGAAGAGAAAUAUCGUUGCUUCAUCGAAAACCGCGACGAUGACCAAUAUCUUGGUCAGUCCUUAACCGCAACCUGUGCUAAUUUAAAGACUCCUCGUCGAUCACCGGUGAUAAUACGCUUAGAACGCGUUAAGCCAGUGGUAAUUAACGCAACAUGUUACCUACCGAAAAAUUUUACGGGAAAAUGGAUAAAUACUGCGCACGCUGCUGUGGAUUCAAAGGUAGAAAUGAAUGCAACACACUUGAUCGACAUUCGGAAACCAGACCAAGGAGUGGCGGUGUUGACCACGUAUGUCUGUCAGGAGCAGAAAAAGAACCGCUUCAUGAUGGCCCGGGUCGGUGUCGGCGGGUGUCAAGUGUUUUACGUCUGCUGGCAUUUCCUUCCGCGACAUCACAACAUUAUUCGCUAUCGUGUUGGAAUUGCCUACGCACAGAAAGACUUUCGUCUGGUCUGCUCAUGGACGUCUUUCCUGCAACAGCGCGAAUGGAAAUUUGAUUUGCUCAUUGCUUCCAACCCAUUUCCGGUUGAGUGCCCAAUUGGUGGAAAAUUCAUUUUCGCACAGGCCGGUGACAUUCCCUUACAAACACGUGUACGCGGCGGAGUGACGAAAUCACCUCGCGAUCAAGUCGAAUGCAAAGAAUACGAAACCGAUUUUUCCGUGUGUCCUCAGCAAUGGUACAAACAGUACACGACUAAGCAAAUCCUUAUCGAUCUGGAUAAAUGCAUGACACUGGACUGGCAAGCGAAACCAAUUGGCGAAUACGACGAACCCGAUUACAUUCUGCAUUGCAUCGGAUACUGGAGGGAAAAUGCCCGAUCGUUUUGGUGACUUAUGAGAAGGAAGACGCCCUAAGUCCAUUCCGCUGCUGGGUUUAUAACCGCAUCAGCUACAA